AAAAGUACUAUAGGAUACUUCGUCCCGUUCUACCAUAGCCUCGAGAGGAAGUUGAGUAGUGAAUACCCUAUACCCGGUUGCGUCUACCGUCCUUGUUGCGCUUUUUCUAUCGCACAGCUUUGGCAAUCUCUAGAGAAUAUAUCUUCUGUUGCGCCAUGUCCGACAACGAAGAGGAGCUCUACGACGAGUUUGGGAAUUACAUCGGUCCCGAUCUGGAUUCGUCCGACGACGACGACGAGAAUGCGUUGGUGCCUCCCGGGACUGUCGCUCCGGACGACGCUUCGGAUGUGUCCGGUGACGACCAAGACGAGAAUGCUCUCGUGAUGCGCGACGACGAGAACGUGAUGACAACAACGGCAGCAACCACGGCCGAUCCAAUGCACGCCAUUGUCUUGCACGAAGACAAGGAACACUACGCGUCGGCGGAACAAGUGUACGGUGACGACGUGCGCGUCGCCGUCUUAGAUGAAGACGCCAUGGAACUCGAAACACCCAUCGUGGAACCAGUACUCACGAAAUCGCAUCACGCGGAUAGCGACGAUCGGGACAAACAAAACACUAUCUCGGCGUGCAAUUUGGCCAUCGUCGGACACUUCCAUCACGGAAAAACCUCACUGGUGGACUUGCUGCUGGAAUCUACCUAUCGAGUCAAGAAAAAUCACAAGAAUGCUGUCGUCGACGAAAGUCGCCAAGCGAAUACACAGGCAGGACCGCGGUAUCUCGAUACGCUGCUGGCCGAACAAGCCCGUCAAAUGAGUCUCGUCAGUACGCCCUUGACGACACUUUUGCCGGAUACACGCGGAAAGACCUUCGCCAUUUCCAUGCUGGACUGUCCCGGUCAUGUGCAAUUCCAUGACGAGUCGGUGGCGGCCUUGAAAGCGUCCGAUGGUGCCGUGGUGGUAGUGGACGUUGUGGAGGGAAUCAUGAUGCAUACGGAAAUGGUAGUCCGACAAGCCAUAUCCGAAGGACUUUCUCUGACCUUGGUCUUGAGUAAAAUGGAUCGUUUGAUUGUGGAAUUGAAGUUGCCCCCACGGGAUGCCUACUACAAGUUGUUGCACAUUGUGGAUAGUCUCAACGAAUUAGUAGGCAUGGUGUCGAGGGGACGCUAUCCAAAAAUCUCACCCGAACGAGGUAACGUGGCCUUUUGUUCCGCACAACACGGCUACUUGUUUACGUUACCCAGUUUUGCGCAAGUGUACAUGGAACACUUUGAUCGUUUGGGAGACAACAUUGCCGUCGAUGGCUUUGCUCAGCGUCUCUGGGGAGAUGCCUACCUGGAUCCGGAAACGCGGACGUUUCACCGGUCGUCACGCGACUGCUUGACUCCGAACGUGGAACGCACAUUCUGCGUGUACGUACUGGAGCCACUCUACAAGAUAUACAGCGCCUGUCUGGGGGAGCGCGAACCCGACGUCAAUGCCCUUUUGCGCGGUGUCGGCGUUCUCCUUCACAAGGACGAAUUGCGAGCCAAUUCGACGGUCCUUUUGAAAGCGGCAUUGUCGCGGUUUUUGCAAACCGCCAACCACGGGUUUGUUGAUAUGCUCACGCAACACGUACCCUGUCCGGCCGUGGCCGCUGCCGGAAAAAUCGCUCGGUGCUACACUGGCCCCCUGCUCGACGAUGAUGCGGACACUGCGGAUUCGAAACAAAGGCUGGUGCAGGCCAUGCGCAACUGCGACCCCCACGGACCACUGAUCAUUCACGUCGUCAAACUGUACGCCUCCCGGGAUGGGCAAUCGUUUCAAGCGCUCGGAAGAGUUUAUUCAGGAACGGUUCGACCGGCAACUCCCGUCAAGGUCCUCGGCGAGGCGUACGUCCCGAAUGUAGACGACGAAGAUGUCGGUACGGCGACGGUGGAGAACGUUGCGAUACCUCGGGGACGCUUUCAUACAAGCAUAAGCCUGGUCAAGGCGGGGAACUGGGUUUUGCUGGAAGGCGUGGACGCCACCAUUGCCAAGACAGCGACCAUCGUAGGUUUGGAGUGCCCCGAGAAUGUGCACAUUUUUGCCCCGCUCAAAUUUCCACAUACGGGAGGAGAGUCUGUGAUGAAGCUUGCGAUCGAACCGCUAAAUCCGGCAGAGUUGCCCAAAAUGGUGGAAGGACUUCGGCGGGUCUCCAAAGCGUAUCCCAUGGUUCAGACCAAAGUGGAGGAAAGCGGCGAGCAUGUUUUGCUGGGUACUGGAGAGCUGUAUUUAGAUUGCGUCAUGUACGAUCUUCGUCAAGUGUAUUCGGACAUUGAAGUCAAAGUUGCGGAUCCGAUUGUUUCGUUUCGAGAAACGGUGAUUGAAACGAGCAGUAUCAAAUGUUUUGCGGAGACUACCAACAAAAGAAACAAAUUAACAUUUCUUGCUGAGCCUUUGGAUGACGGUCUGGCGGAAAAUCUAGAGGCGGGCAAGGUCAAGACGCAGUGGGACCAGAAGAAACUGGGUCGCUUUUUUCAAGUAAAUUACAAUUGGGAUUUGUUGUCGUCACGCUCAGUUUGGGCGUUUGGGGACUCGCCGACACACGGAACCAACAUACUCAUGGACGACACUUUACCUAGUGAGGUCGAUACAUCUCUUUUGAAAACAUGCAAAUCCAGUAUUGUCCAAGGCUUUCAAUGGGCCACUCGGGAAGGGCCGCUUUGCGAGGAACCCGUACGAGGUACGAAGAUCAAAAUCCUGGAUUGUGUCCUCGCCGAUAAGGCUAUCCAUCGAGGUGGGGGUCAGGUCAUUCCUACAGCUCGCAAAACUGUACAUUCUUCGUUGCUGACCGCCACGCCUCGAUUGAUGGAACCAGUGUAUCGUUUACAGAUACAAUGUCCCGGUGCAAUUGUUGAUGCGAUUCAACCCCUGCUGACGCGUCGCAGAGGCCACAUGGUGCAAGAUCGACCGGUUUCGGGCUCGACGCAUUGCAUCGUCAAAGCUUACAUACCGGUACUAGACAGUUUUGGAUUCGAAACGGAUCUUCGUACCUUUACUCAAGGUCAGGCAAUGGUCUUCUCCGUUUUUGACCACUGGUCGGUGGUGCCCGGCGAUCCACUCGACCGGAGCAUUAUUUUGCAUCCGUUGGAGCCUAGUCCGGCGCAGCAUUUGGCUCGAGAACUGUUAAUUAAGACCCGUCGACGGAAAGGUCUGUCCGAAGAUGUUCCUGUGAGCAAGUUUUUCGACGAAAGCAUGAAGGCGCAAUUAGAGCAAGUGAAUGCCGUGCUACAAUAA